AUGUCUAUGCUAUUAAGAUCCUCCAUCAAGAAUGGUUGCAGAUUGAAUGCUGCUAGAAUGUUUUCUACAUCCCUAGUGGCUAACAAGAGUACUUACAGAACACCAAACUUCGACGAUGUGCUCAGAGAUGACCAAAACUCAGACAAGAGCCGUUCAUAUGCUUACUUCAUGGUCGGUUCUCUAGGUUUACUAUCAUCCGUUGGUGCCAAGUCCACCGUUGAGACUUUCGUCUCCUCCAUGUCUGCCUCUGCCGAUGUCUUGGCCAUGGCCAAGGUCGAAGUCAACCUGGCUGCUAUACCUGAGGGUAAGAACGUUGUUGUCAAAUGGCAAGGUAAGCCAGUCUUUAUCAGACACAGAACAGCUCAUGAAAUCGAUGAGGCCAACGCUGUCGACAUGUCUGUAUUAAAGGACCCACAAACAGAUGCAGACAGAGUCAAGGAUCCAAAGUGGUUAGUCAUGUUGGGUAUCUGUACCCACUUGGGUUGUGUCCCAAUCGGUGAAGCCGGUGACUUCGGUGGUUGGUUCUGCCCUUGUCACGGUUCUCACUACGAUAUCUCUGGUAGAAUUAGAAAGGGCCCAGCUCCUUUGAACUUGGAAGUCCCAGCUUAUGAGUUUGACGGCGAGAAGUUGGUCGUCGGUUAA